UUCUGUGCAGCAUGUUUUCUGAGUGGAACUUCGUGGCUCAUGGGUUAUAUCUGUUCUUGAGUUUUUGUUCUCUUGAAGUUUCAGGUGCACUUGUACAAUCAUGUGGCCAUAUCAUCCCAGAGUCUCCUGUGUUGGCCCUCGGUUCCAAUUUCACAGCACUGUGCAUCCUAAAUGAGAGUUGUCUUGACUUUGGCAAUAUAUAUGCUAAUCAAAUUAUCUGGAAAAUUAAAAACAGACUAGUACCUAAAGAACAAUACCAUGAAAUAAACAGGACAGUCUCCAGUGUCACAUUUAAUGACACUUCUUCACUUGCUACUCCUCUGACAUGCAACAUUUUGGCAGAUGGACAAAUCGAGCAGAACAUCUAUGGAAUUACAGUUACAUUAGGCUUGCCUCCAGAGAAGCCCAAGAACUUAAGUUGCAUUGUUCACCAGGUGUCAAAACUUACAUAUCCUAUGACUUGUACCUGGGAUCCUGGAAGGCAUACAUUCCUAGACACUCAAUUCAGGUUGAAAUACAGGUGGCCACGAGAAGAUUUUCCUGACUGCAUACCAAAAGAUGCAAAUAACUCUUGCACCAUUACUGAUGUUCAGUUCUUUGUUAACCUGGAGGUCUGGGUAGAAGCUGCAAAUGCUCUUGGCAAGGCUGAAUCUGAUCGUCUUGUUUUUGAUCCCAUUGAGAUAGUGAAACCACUGUCUCCGCAUAACUUAUCUGUCAAUUCAGGAAUAUUGCCUAGUGUUCUGAAACUUUCCUGGGAGAACCGGAUUUCAGCAGCUGUGAUGAAACUGAAAUUCAAUAUUCGCUAUAGGAUUAUUGGUGAAACAGACUGGAUGCAGAUCCCUCCUGAAGAUACAGCCUCACCAAGAACUUCCUUCAGUGUUCAAAGUCUCAGGCCCUACACAGAAUAUGUCUUCUCAAUUCGGUGCAUGAAAGAAGAUGGAGUGGGCUAUUGGAGUGACUGGAGUGAAGACAAGACUGGGAUGACAACUGAAGAUAAACCAUCUAAAGGGCCACCCCUAUGGAGGAUCAUUGAUGUUUCUCACUCACCAGCUUUCUGGACGGUGCAUCUAAUGUGGAAGGCAUUGCAGCCCUCUGAAGCCAACGGGAUAAUCUUGCGGUACGAGGUGACUGUCCGAGCUAGGCCGCCUCUCUCCCGUCCCCCGGAGAAGUACAGCGUUAACAGCACCAGCCUUACCCUAAAGCUGCCCAACGGGACUUACGAGGUCACUGUGGUUGCCCAUAACAGAGCUGGCAUGUCCCCUUCUUCAGUUCUGCUCAUCCCAGCAAGGAAUUCUGAAGCUCCUGUGAAGAAUAUUAGGACACUUGCUAAAGAUGGCAAGCUGUGGGUAGGGUGGACUGCUCCUAACAGUUCCGUCCUCAGAUACAUAGUUGAGUGGUGUCUGGUGUCCAACAGCUCAGACUGUGUCACAGAAUGGCAGAGUGAACCAGAGAAUGUUCAAGGAACAUACUUAAAAGGUGAUAUAAAGCCAUUCAAGUGUUACUUGAUAACUGUUUACCCUCUGUACGCUGAUGGUCAGGGAAGUGGGCAGUCUGUGCAGGCUUACCUCCAGCAGGACCGUCCUUCAAAAGGACCAACUGUUCAGACAAAAAAAGUAGGAAAAGCUGAAGCUGUUUUGAUGUGGAACCAUCUUCCAGUGGAUGAGCAAAAUGGAUUUAUUAGAAGUUACACAAUAUUUUAUAAAACCGUUGAUGGAAAUGAAACAGCUGUGUCAGUGGAUCCCUCCAAGACGGAAUAUACCCUCUCUUCUUUAGCCAGUGACACGUUGUAUACUGUGCGGGUGAUGGCCUACACAGAUGGAGGAGGCAGGAGUGGUCCUGAUUUUACAUUUACUACACAAAAAUUUGGGAAAGGAGAAAUUGAAGCCAUAGUUGUACCUGUGUGCCUAGCGUUUCUGCUGAUCGUACUCCUUGGAGUUUUAUUUUGUUUUAACAAACGUGACUUAAUUAAAAAGCAUAUCUGGCCAAAUGUUCCUGAUCCAUCCAAGAGUAAUAUUGCUCAGUGGUCGCCUCAAGUUCCAGCUAAGCAUAACUUUAGUUCCAAAGAGCAGAUGUACCCAGAAGGCAGCUUUACAGAUGUCAGCGUCGUCGAAAUAGAAGCUGAUGACAAGAAGUCUUUCUCAGAACAGGAUUUAAAACCCUUUGACUUGCUCAAAAAGGAAAAAAGCACCUCGGAAGGGCACAGCAGUGGCAUCGGAGCCCGCCGGAGGGAAGAAACCACCGCAGACAGGCUGCACUUCGAAAGAGCAAAGCAAGUUACUCCUGCCAGCGAGGAAGAUCUCGUCGGAUUUGCGCAAUUGCAGAUCUCAGGUCAGAAUUCGCAGCUUUUGGGCCUUGGGCUGGAAAUAAAUCCCGAAGAAGCUGCUCUGGCAGAGGUUCUACAGGCAAGUACUGAGGGACUGUGCACUGUGAGGCCUGAAACAGUAGAGGAAAAUCCGGCAGCAGUUGAUGAAAUGCCCAAAAGUUACCUCCCACAGACUGUGAGACAAAGGGGAUAUAUGCCUCAGUGAGGGAAGAGACUGGCUCUGUUAGGCUUUUACUGGUGCCUGGUCACACUUUCGUCUGUGUUUCUGAUAAAUUAAGCUAAAUAUUUUUAUCUGAAUGCGGAUGAAAAU